AAAAAAAUAGCCUGAGAAAGAGAGAACGAGAAAGAGCAGCAAAGUGAGAAGCUGCCAGAGGGGGAGGGUGCCGGUAAUCCCCCAUUAGCUGCACUCGGGGGGGUAACAAGGAAAACUGAUGUGUGAGGAAUGGACAAAUUGAAUAUGGCGUCUCCAGGUUAUCCUUCUCCUGCUGCUGGUUACCAAAGCCCACCAUACCCUUCUCCUCCUUAUCCCGGUCCCUCUGCACCACCCGCUCCACCUGCACCCUCCCCUGGAUUCCAUGAUUACCCAGGACCUGGCUGCAGCAUCCCUCCGCAGCACCUCCGUCACCCCUCAUUACAUCCCCAACCUGACCCUCCCCCUGGAGGAGCACCUUACCUACCAGUAAGCACUGGGAACACCCCCAGUGCACUGGAAUAUCUUAGCCAGUUAGAUCAAAUUUUAAUUCAUCAGAAAACAGAACUACUGGAAGCUGUCACAGGUUUUGAGACAUGCAAUCAGUAUGAGUUGCGGAACAUUAUGGGCCAGAGGAUUUUUACUGUGCAAGAGAGAAGUUCUGUCUGUGCACGCUGCUGCUGCGGUUCCCUCCGCCCCCUCACACUCCAAGUCUGCGACUACUCUGGACGAGAGGUCAUCCAUUUUACUCGCCCACUGAAAUGCAGCAGCUGCUGUUUCCCUUGCUGUCUACAGGAGAUGGAGGUUCAAAGCCCUCCUGGGCACACUGUGGGAUACGUAUCGCAGACCUGGCACCCAUUUGUCCCCAAAUACUCUCUCCUUACCGAAACACGGGAGCCUGUGCUAAAAGUGAUCGGACCAUGUUUUAUGUCAAAUUGCUGCGGAGAUGUUAACUUUCAGAUCAAGCCUCUGGAUGAGUCCCGUAGUGUGGGUCGAAUCAGUAAGCAGUGGAGUGGAUUACCCAAGGAAAUUUUCACUGAUGCUGAUAACUUUGGGAUCCAAUAUCCUAAAGACCUGGAUGCAAAAAUGAAAGCAGUGUUACUGGGCGCUUGUUUUUUAUUGGACUAUGUCUUUUUUGAGAGAUCAAGAGGUAAAACGGAACGCCAUACAGUGAUCAGCUAACGGCUGCAAGUUCUUCAGCUACAUGCGCAAAUAUGGAAGGAAAAGUGGAGCCAACGUUAGCUAGAUAUACUGUGCAUCAUAAGGCCGUCACAGAUUUCUGUUCUAUAUAGCAAAUGUACUAAAGCAUGAGAUAUCAUCUGUUAUUACUUAAUACGCUCCAGGAUAGACUGAGAGGAAGAUAUCCUUGAAGUGUCUUAAAGGGACAUUAAAUUCAAAUUUUAAUUCCUCAAAAAAGGUUUAAAUUUGUAUAUGCACUUUUCUUAUUUAUAUUGCCUGCUUUUAAUGUAAUUUAAAUUUUUUUAAAAUUGUAGGUUGUGGAAGCUGGAGUGCAUUUAGUGGAAUUCAGAACUGUAACCCACCUACAUGCUGCGCAGUGAUUGCAUGAUUUGUGCAGGAGCUCAUUUUGUAUCUGUAUUUGAUUGGCCAAAGCAGAGGCGAUUAGACAAUCAAUACUCUUUUUAAGGGGCGAACCCCUGGACUGCAAAACACGCAAAUUUUCUUCACAAGUUGACAGUGUUAAAUGGUUUUAAAAUAUUUAUAUUGUAUGCAGAUAUUUGCAAUGUAGUGAAUAACUUCUGAUGCAUAUAUACAAAAAUGACUUUAAUGUCCUUUUUUAAUCUUUGUGUAUCAGCAAACUUGUCUCCCUACAUCUGUGUGAAUGGUUGUUGGUUUUGACAUGGGCUUGGUCUUGAUAACACGGAAUAGAACAAGGGUUGUAACUUUACUGCAUCAAACAGGGACUGUCCUGAAAACUCAGUUUUUCCAAUGACUAGGGAUUAUGGCUGGUGAUAACUUCUGCCCUAUGGAUAAUGUAUGAACAGCUUAAAGGGACACUGAACCCAGAUUUUUUCUUUUGUGAUUCAGAUAGAGCAUGACAUUUUAAGCAACUUUCUAAUUUACUCCUAUUAUCAAAUUUUCUUUAUUUAACAUGCAAGAAUGUAAGUUUAGAUGCCGGCCCAUUUUUGAACAACCUGGGUUGUCCUUGCUGAUUGGUGGAUAAAUUUAUCCACCAAUAAAAAGUGCUGUCCACAGUACUGAACCAAAAAAAAGUUUCGCUGCCUUCUUUUUCAAAUAAAGAUAGCACGAGAACAAAGAAAUUGAUAAUAGGGGUAAAUUAGAAAGUUGCUUAAAAUUGCAUGAUUUAUCUGAAUCACGAAAGAAAAACAUUUGGGUUCAGUGUCCCUUUAAGUCAAUGACCAUGUAUUAUUUCUCUUUACAAAAUUAUGCUUACACUCGUUUAGGCAAUGCCUUGAUGAUGAAUUUAAUCAACAGUCCAGAGCACUGUAGGGAUGACACAAUAUUGUUUACAUCCAGCUUUAUGGUCUGGAGAUGGGAACCAAACAAUGGUCUCAUAAUGCUGUAAUCAUAUUUCUGCUGCUGCCUCCUCUUGUUCACGGUACCCUUUGAGAAUAUUUAUGUGAAAGGUUUACUCUACCUGGUUGUUUGGUCUCAUAGAGCAGUGUUUUUCAACCAGCGUGCCGUGGCACACUAGUGUGCCAUGAGAGAUCCUCAGGUGUGCCAUGGCAGACUGAUAACAGUAUGACAUAUUUUUUAAACUUUGCUUGUUUUUUACUCCCAGUGCAGGGGUAGUUUGUAGGAGGCAUGGCAUAACAGCACAAUACAUACAGUAUGUGUGUGUUUAUGUGUAUAUAUAUAUAUAUGCUGUAUUAGGCUACAAUGUGUGAUUUUUUUAAAAUUUUGGGAUGGUGGUGUGCCACAGGAUUUUUUAAUGUAAAAAAGUGUGCCACGGCAAAAAAAAGGUUAAAAAUCACUGUCAUAGAGCAUAUGUUGCUGCUGCUGGUCCCCCAAUUUUUACAGUGUUGUGCAGUGAUCUGACUAGGCACCAUGCAGAAGGCAACAUGAUUAUGAUAUCCUGACCUUUCCUUAAUUCUUGGACAUUUAGACUUAUAUUUUCAGCAGGGUCUGGGCCUCAUAGGUUUAGAAAGUGGUUCUCUAAUGUCACCCUUUGCUCAAGAGCAUAAGGGCUAACUGGAUUCUUUCUUUAGCGCAUUUCUCCUGCAGUUAUAUUGAGUAGUUGUAAAUUAUUUCAUACUUGAUUUGCACACCAAAUUUCAAUCAGAGAGAAGCAGUCUCCUUCAUUUCCUCAUAUGCAACAUAGACGAAUGAAGUAUUUACCUUCUGGAAAGUUUUCCACAUAUUUAGGAGGAAUUGGCAAAGUAAUCAUGAGCAGCGUCUGACUUGUUGGUAGACAUCACUUUCUUGCAUUAUUGAUUAAUAGUCUUUUUAUAUUGAGGGAAAUUUUGAAGGCUUAUGAGAAUAAGUAUGAGGAAUGCAUUUCAUAGGGCUGAUUGCAUAAGGGAUUUAACCUACUGGCUCUCUAGGUAUCAUAGUGACGGCUGAUAGCUUUAAUUCAAUCAUGAUUUCAAUAAUAAUAUACAUUUUGAACCUAGAAGGUCUUCUGCUUGUGGUAGGUAAGUUGUAACUUGGCCAUUUCUAAUGGUGUUCAAAGUUACCCUGAUGUCCCAGACACUGUAAACCUUCUAUUAAUCCAUAAUUCCUGAUGAUGGGAUUGGCAAGUUUGAAUUUGUUAGGUGUACGUUGAAGGUGGCAUUGCAUUGGAUUUCCUUAUUCAGAAGGUGUGGUGUCAUAGGGGAUCUUCUAAAAAAAAAGUCUAAUGUGGAUGCCUUGUUUUGGUUGACUUUGUAAAGGAGGACACAACCUUAACUGUUGUGUCCUUUACAAAGUCAACCAAAACAAGGCAUCCACAUUAGACUUUCUUUUUUAGUCUUUAGUCUCAUUAGGUUGUGUAGACCAGAUGGGUCAUGCAGACAAAUGAUUGGUUAUUGUGAAUUAUCUGGUAAAAGUGUUCAAAGUUGCAUACAACCUUCCAUGUUUGGCUAGCCCUGGGUAGGUGAACUUUUUUUCUAUAAAAAUAUCACCAAUUGUCUCAAAUAUCCAUCUUACCUUUUUAUAAAAUUUUAAAGGGGCAUUAAAGAAACUUUGAACUUGCUUGUUCUUUUAAAUCUUUAAUAUAUAUCAACAAUCAAAACACAAUUGCUGAUAUAUAGCAUAAAGUCAUGGGAUUUUUUAUUUAUUUAUAAAGCACUAUAAUUUCAGCCUAGAGGAAGUCCAGUGUGUCAGCUAAUUUGUUAUGAGUGCCACCUUGGUCACUAGUGUCAUAUGUUUUCCACCACUCUAUUCCAAAUAUGUUUUUCUGGGUGCCUUUAUCGCCUUCCUGUGUAAUAGAAUACAAGGCUAUGAGUACUUGUUUUAGUGCCUUAAAGUCUGUUUCAAUAUUUUUACUGUAUAGACACAGCCCAUAAGCAUAAGUCACUGCCAUUUAUUUGGCUGCCAAGAUAAAAUUCUCUUUGGAGGUCAGAAUGUUGAUGUUGUACAAAAAAUCCAUCUAAUAUCUAGGUAACAUUGUUAAAGUAUAAUUGAUGGGGGAAUUUCUACUAAUUGGAUCAAAACUUAGCUGGGCUGUGAUCAAUCACCCAAAGAGAGUCCCUACCCUUCAGAGGUGGGUAUUCUCUGUCUGAAUGUACGUAUUGAGAUUUUCUAUCAGUUGAUUGGUUACAUCGGCUUAUUCCUGUUCUGCUAACAGACAAAGGUUGCAGUAUUUAGCAGAUGCAAUUGUCAGUACACAUGGAAUUGUCAGCAACUAGGAUGAAGACCUGCUGGUUCCGGUACCACAGAUUAUGGACAGAAGCCAUAAUGUUAAUCUCACCUACUUAAUAAAGAGACUUGCAUCUUGGGGAAAAGCAGUUCUAUGAUUAGUGUCUCGCUAUACAGAUGGGGAAUGCAUUUAUAUUGUAUACAGUGGCAUAACCAGUAAGCAAAUACAAACACUUGUUUGGGUUAGUUUCAGCCAUGCAGUACAGUAGCCAAUCAGAUGCAACAGUCUCUCUCAUAUAGGCAUGUUUAGGUACCACAAAUAGAAGGAGCAUCUACUUGAUAUGAUAUGCUGAUUACCAAAAACCUUUUGUGGAAUAUGUGCAUGGUUCUAUCUAUUUUAAAUGUUAUUGGGUUAUAAGCCUGUGGUGAGGCCUCUGGUUUUCAAUUUCUUUGACCCUUUAGCACUUUAAAACUUCAGGCCCACUUUUUGCAGAUACCAGACAGGAUACAGAUGCACAUUGUUUUUGUAGUGCAACCCCUGUAGAGAGUAACAAUGGGUGCGUUUCUUUUGCGUUAGUAGAUUUGUUACAUUAUUUAGGUAAGCAGUGUUCCACCGGCUUGUUAUUCAUUGUGUAUCAUUUUACUAGUCUCAUUCUCUUCUUGCUAGACAACAUAAUGGAGCACAGUAAAGGAUAGUGGUCGUCACUUUUAGUGGGAUGGUCCACCUUACUGCUCAGGCUUUUUUUUUUUUUGGAUUCUCAAUUAAAAUUGGAGAUAUUUAUUCCGCAGGGUGGUCAUCUCAAUUCUUUUUUUGUGAAUCUAAGCUCUGGGCCUGAUGUAGAGAUGCCUGGUCCUGUCCCUUGUAAACCUAGAUUAGUCAGUGUGUGUAAGGUGUCAAUAUUAGUUUAUAUGCUUUUCAGGACAACGACUAGAUUGUGCCUUAAACCUAUUUCUACAGGGCUGCUUAUAUUGACAGCAACUAUGUAAUUAUUAUAUUGCAACCCAAUGCUCCCAUAUUUACCCUUUUUAAAUAUCUUAAGAUAUAACCUCUUUCUCCACAUACCCCUGUGGGGUAGGAUUAUUUUAAAUGGUUUACAAAUCUCUCUGUAUUGUACAUAUCUAUAUAUCUACAUAACUAUGUAUUCGAUAAUAAAUAUGCUUGAAGCAAA